AAUCCCCCCUCCGCCAUUUUGUAAGGAUAUAAGAAAUACUAGCAGGUCUACCUCCCGUCUACGACAACCUGUAGUUUUGUGUAGUGCCAUGGACGGCCGUUUAGAGACUGAUCUGUAUCCUCUGGGAUCCAGUUACGUCACUGAAAUAGAUGUCCAUGAUAUAACAGUCGGCACAAAGAGGGGAUCCGACGAACUCUUUUCCUCCUGCAUAUCUAACGGACCAUAUAUAAUGAGCUCUGGAGCCGCAAAUGGGAAUGACAGCAAGAAAUUCAAAGGGGACAUCAGGAGUCCGGGCAUUCCUUCACGGGUCAUUCAUGUGCGCAAACUGCCAAAUGACAUAAAUGAAGCUGAAGUCAUUUCUUUGGGGCUUCCCUUUGGCAAAGUGACCAACCUUUUGAUGCUGAAAGGAAAGAACCAGGCCUUCCUGGAGAUGAACACAGAGGAGUCUGCACAGACCAUGGUCAGCUACUACUCCUCCGUCACCCCUGUCAUUCGCAACCAUCCGAUCUUCAUGCAAUAUUCCAAUCACAAGGAGCUGAAGACUGACAACUCGCCCAACCAAGUCAGAGCACAGGCUGCUCUGCAGGCGGUGAAUGCGGUCCAGACAGGAGGCAUGUCUUUGGCUGCUAUUGAUGGAGCAGGCAUGGGGAGCCAGAGCCCUGUGCUGAGAGUUAUUGUAGAAAAUCUCUUCUAUCCAGUCACUCUUGAUGUCCUUCAUCAGAUCUUUUCAAAGUUUGGCACCGUUUUGAAGAUCAUAACCUUUACCAAAAACAACCAGUUUCAAGCUCUGGUUCAAUACUCAGACGGAAUGACAGCUCAGCAUGCAAAGCUGUCUUUAGAUGGACAGAACAUCUACAAUGCCUGCUGUACCCUUCGCAUCAGUUUCUCUAAGCUCACCAGCCUGAAUGUUAAGUACAACAAUGAUAAGAGCAGAGACUACACUCGCCCCGACCUGCCAACAGGAGACAGUCAGCCCUCCUUUGAUGCACAGACAAUGGCAGCAGCCGCCUUGACUGCUCCUGGUAUUAUCUCUGCAUCACCUUAUGCUGGAGCUCAUGGUUUCCCACAAGCAUUUGCUAUUCAGCAGGCAGCAGGUCUGUCUCUGCAGGGUAUGCCUGCUGGGGCUCUUGCUUCACUCUCUGUUCCUGGUGCUGCGGCAGCCGCUGCUGCAGCAGCUGCUGCUGGACGCCUCGGUCUCUCUGGUCUCACUGCUGCAGGAAACAGUGUCCUGCUGGUCAGCAACCUUAACCCUGAGAGCGUUACGCCCCAAUGCCUCUUUAUUCUUUUCGGUGUCUACGGUGAUGUCAUGAGAGUAAAGAUCCUGUUUAACAAAAAGGAGAACGCUUUGGUGCAGAUGUCUGAUGGAACCCAAGCCCAACUAGCCAUGAGCCACUUGAAUGGGCAGAAGCUGUAUGGCAAGGCUUUGCGGGCGACUCUUUCCAAACACACCACGGUGCAGCUGCCGCGUGAAGGCCAUGAGGAUCAGGGCCUCACCAAGGAUUACAGCAACUCUCCUCUUCACCGCUUUAAAAAGCCAGGUUCCAAGAACUACUCCAACAUCUUUCCGCCUUCCUCAACUCUCCAUCUCUCCAACAUCCCUCCUUCUGUCACUGAGGAUGAUCUCCGAGGUUUGUUUCUGAGUUCAGGAGCUGUGGUUAAGGCCUUCAAAUUUUUCCAGAAAGACCGUAAAAUGGCACUCAUCCAGCUGGCCUCUGUGGAAGAAGCAAUUGAGUCGCUGAUCAAGUUUCACAAUCAUGACCUGGGAGAAAACCAUCACCUCAGAGUCUCCUUCUCUAAGUCCACAAUCUGAUGGAGGCGCUUUUGGUUUCAAGAAGGUGUAAGGACUGUCACUUUAGACCAAACUUUUAAGCCUUCCACAAUUUAUAUCACUGUGGACAAAUGUUUUCCACAACACACACUUCAUCAUUCCUUUUUAUUAGAUCUAUAUUCACAUAUCUAUUUCUUUUUGUCAUUCCACUUUGAACCAGUAGACAAGAGGAACUCGUCAACCCAAAUGUGACUUGGGUUUUAAUAGUACCUUUUUCCUCGACGGUUUGUCUCGUAAUUUAGUUUAUCUUUGGCACACAUUGGUUUUGGAUCAUAGAUGCUGCAUAGUUUACACUUGUGCCUCUGCGGAAAGCCGCACUCUUUCAGGUUGCACUCAAAGCCUUGUUUCGUUUGUUUGAAUCUGAUCGGUCCCUGUUUGCCUUUCCACAACAAGCAUUUGUGCCUUUACAUUGUGCUUGAAGAAUAUCUUAAUUGCCAUCAUAAUUUCAUGAUGUUUUUGGAUUCUUUUGCAAGGCCAUUAACCUCAACAUACAAAAAAAAGCUCUGGUGUUGCCAGGUAGUCUGUUUAAAUUUGACUAUUGAAAACACCAGAAUGUUUUCCUGCGAAAGGCAGCAAUUUGGUUAUAUACAGGCUUUAGUUUUGUACCUUGCUGUCACAGCUUAUUUUGCAUAUAGUUAUUCUAUAUAUAUAAAUAUGUGGUUCUACUCUUUAUCUACCGUGUGUAAGAGAUAUUCUAUAAUCUAUAUAGUUUCAUUCCAUAUUGUUUAAAAAAAGAAAAAAUAUCGCACAUUUCUAUACUGUAUAAUCUGUUUGGGCAUUGUCCCACUGCACUCUGUGCCUAGAUGGUGAUAGUCUGUUAAGUUUGGGUACAAUUUCUAUUUUUUCCACACUUCCCUAUUGCCUUGCUUCUUAUGGGUUUUUAUCAAUAAUGAAACCUUGGAACCAAACCAGACUUCACAACCUUUUGAUUUUUGUUUUUAUAGUAAUUCUACGUGUGACAAUGAAUCAGAUUUGUUUUUCUAUUUUCUAGAGUUAACAAGUGUAGCUUGUAAACUAGGACCUCCCAGAGAUGAUUGAUUUCGUUUGUUUCUUCUGUAAGGUCUUACGGUCACUUGCCUUUUUAUGUUAAAGAAAUUUAGCAUUACAGAGUCUUAAGCUCCUGAGUGAUACUUUUUGGUGAACCAAGACACCUGUGACAAGACUUUGGGCUGUUUUUGGCACUUCUUUAUGUGGGAGGGGGAGGACAUUUUAAGACUUUUAGUCUUUCCUCUGCAUCCAGUUUCAUGUUGACUGUAACAUGAAUUUCAAUGUUCGGAUAUUUCUUUUCAGCUUAUUUCUGUAAUUGAUGCUAAAGAAAUCUUUCCAUGUCAGUUUCUUUUAGCAAUCUAACAAAAUGUUUUGCGGUUGGGUGGGUGGUGUUUUUCUUUUUUUUUUUUAUUACAGAAGAGUAGCAUGAUGGACCAAAGCAUCUUUAUUGUUCUGCCAGACACUUUAUGAUCUUUCUUAUUGAAGUGUAUCAUACUGUGCAGCAAUAUUUUUUUAUGAACGACUUUGAUUUCAGUGGGUAGUUUAGAGGGCUUAUCUGUAUAUUAUUGCCACUUUUGUUUACAAAGAGCAACAAGUCCUUAAAAAAGAAAAAAAUAUUACAAAUUCUAAACAUUGUGGGCUAUUUUUGGUCCUGAAGUAUGUGUAUCAUGAUGACUUCUGUUGUCCGAGAACAGAACCUAAAACUAAAGUCUUAAAGUCGCGACAGCUCUUUUGUCUUAUCCUACUUUUUUGUUUUUCCAGUAUGGAUGUAAUGUUCAGCAACAGUGGGAGAGGACUACUGUAUAUAAUUAUUUGUGUUUUGUACGAGUAAUUGCAAAUCAACAAUUUCUGUCAAACAUGUAUAUUUUGAUAAGCUUACAGCAGACAUUCAGCUCAUUGUAGAGCCUUCCUUUUUUAUUACACCAUAUUAAAGAGAUUCCAACAUGUCGUCUCUUGACAAGUAAUUGCCCUCUUGUAAACAUAACCUUCUUCUGAUCUAGAUGCUCAUACUUUUUUAUGUCUUCAAUAAAUCUUUCUUUUUCCUGCU